UGGCUCGCGGCCGCGCCGGGCUCGCAGGGCUGGGCUCGGGCUGCGGGGCGGCGCCGGGACAGGAAGCGGAAAGCAGCAGUGCAGCGGCGGCGGCGGGGCUCUGCCUCUCCAGGAGCCCAGCGCAGGCCGCAGAGCCGGGGCCGCUGUGAGCCAAGACCGCGGGCCGCGGAGCCCGGGCGGCCGGCGCGGAGAAUUUGUUCCUGUUGAAGAGUGGCUCCUCUUCUAAUUUCCAGACUCCUCGAGAUUUUAGGAGUCUGGGUGAAAUUCUCUACCUCUAAGGAGAUACAGUACCUACUCCUUCCUCAAGGGCAAGCCCUCCAUUGCUAUGGAUACCGAAUCCACUUAUUCUGGAUAUUCUUACUAUUCAAGUCAUUCGAAAAAGUCUCACAGACAAGGGGAGAGAACUAGAGAGAGACACAAAUCACCCCGGAGUAAAGAUGGCAGAGGGUCAGAAAAGUCUGUCACCAUUCAAGCUCCCACUGGAGAGCCCCUGUUGGCAAACGAUUCCACCCGGACAGAGGAAGUUCAGGAUGACAACUGGGGAGAGACCACCACGGCCAUCACAGGCACCUCGGAGCACAGCAUAUCCCAAGAGGACAUUGCCAGGAUCAGCAAGGACAUGGAGGACAGCGUGGGGCUGGAUUGCAAACGCUACCUGGGCCUCACCGUCGCCUCCGUUCUUGGACUUCUGGUCUUCCUCACCCCUAUCGCCUUCAUCCUGUUACCUCCGAUCCUGUGGAGGGAUGAGCUGGAGCCUUGUGGCACAAUUUGUGAGGGGCUCUUUAUCUCCGUGGCAUUCAAACUCCUCAUUCUGCUUAUAGGGACCUGGGCGCUUUUCUUCCGCAAGCGGAGAGCUGACAUGCCACGGGUGUUUGUGUUCCGUGCCCUUUUGCUGGUCCUUAUCUUUCUCUUCGUGGUUUCCUAUUGGCUUUUUUACGGGGUCCGCAUUUUGGACUCUCGGGACCGGAAUUACCAGGGCAUUGUGCAAUAUGCAGUCUCCCUCGUGGAUGCCCUCCUCUUCAUCCAUUACCUGGCCAUCGUCCUGCUGGAGCUCAGGCAGCUGCAGCCCAUGUUCACGCUGCAGGUAGUCCGCUCCACCGACGGCGAGUCCCGCUUCUACAGCCUGGGACACCUGAGUAUCCAGCGAGCAGCAUUGGUGGUCCUAGAGAAUUACUACAAAGAUUUCACCAUCUAUAACCCGAACCUCCUAACAGCCUCCAAAUUCCGAGCAGCCAAACACAUGGCUGGGCUGAAAGUCUACAAUGUAGAUGGCCCCAGUAACAAUGCCACUGGCCAGUCCCGGGCCAUGAUCGCUGCAGCUGCUCGGAGCAGGGACUCCAGCCACAACGAGUUGUAUUAUGAAGAGGCGGAACACGAACGGCGAGUGAAGAAGCGGAAAGCGAGGCUGGUGGUUGCAGUGGAAGAGGCCUUCAUCCACAUUCAGCGUCUCCAGGCCGAGGAGCAGCAGAAAGCCCCAGGGGAGGUGAUGGACCCUAGGGAGGCCGCCCAGGCCAUUUUCCCCUCCAUGGCCAGGGCGCUCCAGAAGUACCUGCGCACCACCCGGCAGCAGCACUACCACAGCAUGGAGAGCAUCCUGCAGCACCUGGCCUUCUGCAUCACCAACGGCAUGACCCCCAAGGCCUUCCUAGAACGGUACCUCAGUGCGGGCCCCACCGUGCAGUAUGACAAGGACCGCUGGCUGUCUACACAGUGGAGGCUUGUCAGUGACGAGGCUGUGACUAACGGAUUACGGGAUGGAAUUGUGUUCGUCCUUAAGUGCUUGGAUUUUAGCCUCGUAGUCAAUGUGAAGAAAAUUCCAUUCAUCGUACUCUCUGAAGAGUUCAUAGACCCCAAAUCUCACAGAUUUGUCCUUCGCUUGCAGUCUGAGACAUCAGUUUAAAAGUUCUAUAUUUGUGGCUUUAUUAAAAAAAAGAAGAAAAAUAUAUAUAGAGAGAUAUAUAUGUAUCCCAGAGGGGUGUCUUUUUUUUUUUAAUUCUUCUUCAUUGCUGACUGAAACUGGCAGAUGAUAGACCAGUAUCCUUUGACCAUCUGCACUUUAUUUGGAAGGAAGCAGGGACUGUCCACCCUGAAAAAAAGUGACUGAUGACAUCUGACUUUUGUCGAUAGGACUUCUCAAGAAGCUGUUCCCUGGAGUUUCUGUUACAGCUGUAAACCAAAGUGGAGCUGGUGCAUUCCUGGGAGCCUCGCCUUACAACGACUCCUUCCUGCCUUUCGUCCAGUACCACGUCCCCCAUUGCUCCGGUCAGCCCACUUGUAGACUUCCAGGGGACACACCUUCAUUCUGUUUCAGGAAACCAGUCACGACGCAUCCACACUUGUAUUUGUGUAUGUUAACGUUCAGUAUCACGUCACCCACGAGAGUCGUGGGCAGUUCAGGAGAUACCUGCCUUCGUCUUUGUUCUUUGUUGCCUUAGGUUCUUCACAGAAAGAUCACAACAAAAAAUGUGCACUGUUGUUUACAGCUGUUAAGUGAUUUGAUUUUGGUUUUUUUUCCCAAAGAGAAAACCUACCCACCCUGUUUCUGAUCCCGCCCCGCUACUGGCUUGAAGCAGGUAGCCCUUUCAGGGCCCUGCAGCUGCCCACCUGGCCUCCAUGCCAUCAUACCCCCACCUGGCUGGCAGCCCUGGCUCUCUAUGUGUGCCCUCAAGCUCUUUGUGCAGCCUCAAGUCUGUCCCAGGAUUGCUUCCAUAGGAAAGUGCGGGGUGCCCAGCAGGUGGAGCACAGGGAGGGCAGGCAGUGGGAAUGCCCCCUUUAGGCUCUAGCAGGAGCCACACCCUGCCCAGUUUUCCUCCCCACUACUCUACACCAACCAGGGGAGACUAACACUGUGACUCUGGGAUUGGCAGGUGCGACUUGGAACCACUUGAUUUCCUGGAGUGGUAAGUUCUCCCGAAGCUGAUAGCAAGCUGUCCUGCCCAGGGAGACCAAAGCCUGCCGGCCGUGCUAGCACCUGCUGCUGUCCAGCCCCUGUUUCUGGUGUUUCUGACCACCGUCACUGCAGCUCGUCGCCUCAGCCACUUAGGACCAGGAAAGAGGCUCCUUUUGCUCCCACUCUUAGCUGCUGAUAAAGUGAGGAAAAGGAAAAUGGACACUCUGCGGAGUUUGGGAAAGGGAGAGUAGGGAGCCCAUCUUCUUGUCCAGAAACAUUCAUCUGUGAGCUGUCUCUCUCCCUUUUUUUUUUUUUUUUUUUUUUUUUAUGGAGUCUCGCUCUGUCACCCAGCCUGGAGUGCAGUGGCACAAUCUCGGCUCACUGCAACCUCUGCCUCCCAGGUUCAAGCGAUUCUCCUGCCUCAGCUUCCUGAGUAGCUGGGAUGACAGGCACGCGCUGAUUUCAGUGGCUUUCCCCUGGCCCUGGGAGAGCAGACACUGCUUGGGUUGUGGGUAGAGGAGCCAUCCUGGUGGAGCCCCGCCGCAAGGGAGCUUCUUCAGGAGCCCCAUCUGGACCUCUUGCACUGGGCUGCCUUUGCCCCCACUUGCCUUCCUGUAUCUGCAACAGACCUUUUAAGUGUUCACUCUUGCUUUUCCCAGUAUUUCAGGUAACUGGCCACCUUGCUGUAGUACAGGAUGACACUGUCCAAUGCUCUUUACCCCCUGCUUCUUGAACUCUGCAGGUGGUACAGUAUUUUGUGUCAUUGUAAAAAUCAAAAUUGGCUUCGGAUCUCUGUAAUACACCUGUACCUGAAAAAGUAAACAACAUUCUUCAAUCACCAGCCUUCAGCUUGGGAAAAGACAUGCUGGAGAAGAAGGAAGCGGGAACCCAUAGGUGUGGCGUGAAGCCAAGAUAUGCUAUUCAACUAUGUGGUUCUGUUUAGAAAAAACACAUACCAUGUAACCAUGGUGCUUUUGUUCUGAGUUUUCGCCUUUAAACUGGAAGUUCCUAAUAAUGUCUUUCUCAGGAAAUAUUUUGGGAGGUGGGGUAAGGGAUGGCAGGUGUGAGGUGGGCUAUGUCAGAGGUUGCUGUGUCAUAGAUACAGUGCAGUUCGAAGUGCCAUAAGUGUAUAUACAUAUAGUUAAUAACAACACUGUUCGUCACCAUUCUAAAAUACUGUUCUUCCGAUUCUAUCUUAAGUGACCAGUCCAGAAGGGGUGAAGCUACAUUCAUUUGCUCUGGCAUGUGCAUUCCCAGCAGGGUGAAGAAAGGUCUAAAUUAGAGAAUUUAUUUUCUCUCUCCCCCUUCCUCUCUCUCCCAGUCUUUGCAUAGGAGAAUGUCGGACUUUCAAGAAUUACUGUUUCUGUUUUAAAUUGAGUAUUGAUUUUUUUACAUUGACUUUGUAUUGAGUUCUUUUUGAAAGAAUAACAAAAUAAAAUGCAGGAUCUUUGUAAAGCCUUUGCACUUUCAACCUCUUAAUAGCUGGAGUUACUGGCGCAGCGGGAACAAUGUAAAUGACAUUUAAAAGAAUUAAGGUUUCAGAAAGCUGCACCCCACAAUUGAACACAAUGCAUUUUUAUUCAAUUCUUGGAACCAGUAGGCUCUUCUUUUUAAAAGGGGGUACACUCUGCCCUAAGACUAGUAGAGCAUAUGUUCAUACUCCAGGAGACAGGAUUUCAUUUGCCUUAAAUGUUUACAGGUUUUUAAAAUCAUUUUCAACCUAAGCUAUUAAAAUUAGAGCACUGAGUGUGAAAGGACUUAAUGAGGAGUGUAUGUCUGAGACUGCUCUUCCCUGGUGAGGUUUUCCCUGGUAGACAACUUGUUCUUAAAUGUGUCCUUUUGAAGAUAGGACAGUUUUUAUUGUCCAUGAACCGGAUGUUAAAAAGUUCCGUAUGCAUUCUCAGAGGGGAUUUUAAAGCUGUAUGGUUCAUCCAUCCUUUGCGUUAUCAAAAUGUUAAGUCAAACGCAUAAUACUUUGGCUAAAGUUUGCAAAGUAAGCCCUAGAGAAAAUACUUGAACACCAAUUUUUUCCCCAACUUCCAUCACCUCCCUGUCUUCCCCCACCCCCCACAUGCCUCUGUUCUUCCUUUUUGACAUCUACAUAGAGGACAAGUUCUUUACAACAAAUGGUAAGAGGCAGGUGACCUGUGUUUGCUGUGUGUGGUUCAUUGCCUGGGGCUUGGGACUCCUUUUUUAAUGGAGAGACUGGCUGUGCAGGUGUGUGUUGGACAGGGCUGAAGUGCUCACCCCUCCCGUCUCUACAGUAGGUGGUAGUUGAUUCCUCUCUCAUUUUGCCUCUCAUAAUCACUUUGGAGUGCACGUAUUUACCUAAGGGCUACAGCUUGGUGGGAUGCUACCAGCAUAUUGGACUGACAGAAAUUGAUUACCUUGCCGCUCCAACCCACGCGCUGAGUGAGUGUUCCAGCCACUCAGUGAAACCAACAAAAGUCAGUCCUUGGUUUACCUUCCAGUCUGGGCCCUGCUGUAAGUCUCCCUAAGUGGGGAUGCAUAUUUGUUUGUGCGUUUUUGUUUCCAUGUAUGUGAGCAUUUCUCUGAGUGUAUUACCAGAUGGAUAGCUCAUUUAUAUGUCAGACUCUUAACAUCUGUGUUAUCUGUAGCAGAUAGGUGUGUAGCUCGGCAGAUACGUGUGAAAUGUGUAUAUAGCUGAGUGUGUGAGGGUGUGUUUCUGCAGUCCCCUGUGUUUAAGAGAUUACCUAAUAACCCUGUGUUUUGAGAGGUCACUCUAAAACCAAUGACUUCUCCCUCCCCUGCUUUAUUCCUUUCCGUCACUGACACUGGCUCCUCCCCUGAGUAAAUGGCUUUAGGACAGCACUGUCUUCUGGGGAGCCCGCUGUCCUGCAGGCAAGUUCAUUAGACUCUUGAUUUAGGACUCUGCAAAACGCAAGAAACAAACAAAGGUCAAGCUCUAUGAGAAUUACUGCCCAAACUUCACUACCCUGGAAGCCUUACUACAUAUUUCUUAAUGUAACUUACAAAUUGGGCUUUAUUUUUAAAAAGUGGUAGGUCGCUUAAAGGAGCACAGAAAUGUUAGCAUAUUUAUUUAAAUAGUCCUGCAGCAGAGACCCUGUGAUUGUAAAGUGAUUUAAGUAUUUCUGGGUAGUGUUUGUGCUUUAUGGAUUUGUUACCACAAAACAAACAAACAAAAUCACUACUGUGAAUUUACUACUAUGUAACCUUGUGGUCGUAUUUUAUUAUAAAUAAAAUAUGAAUUGCUCUUC